GCCUACAUUCCUUGAGAAUGUAUAUAGAAUCCAACAAGAUUCCGCACUCUACUCUGCUCUCCGCUUAACCUCGUUUGGCUUUGAUCAUCAUCAUCUGAAAGAAAACCCUUAUAGCUUCCAUCAAUGAUGUCGAGAAUCUCGAUUCUUCCUCUCGCUAUCUCUCUUCUCCUCUUUGUUUCUACGAUUGUUCGAGCCACCGAUGUCCAAUACUGUGAGGAGAAUGAAGAGUAUGAAGUAAAAGUGAAAGAAGUUAAUAUAUCGCCUAAUCCUAUAGCUCGAGGCGAGCCAGCUACGUUCAGCAUCUCUGCAAACACAGGCCGUGGAAUUUCGGGUGGGAAGUUGUUGGUUGAAGUUUCAUACUUUGGAUGGCAUAUCCACUCUGAGACACAUGACCUCUGCACUGAGACAGCUUGUCCUGUAGAAACCGGUGAUUUCUUGGUUGCACACUCUCAAGUUCUUCCCGGUUAUACUCCUCCUGGAUCAUACUCGCUGCAGAUGAAGAUGAUUGAUGCGCAGAAGAAGGAGUUAACGUGCAUUAGAUUCUCCAUCGACAUUGGAUCCAAACCAUCCGUGGCCGAUAUUUAGAGCAAAUUCACCAGUCAUUAUUUGCCAC